AUGGAAGUUACACAAAAAGUUGCUCAGUAUAUAAGUGAUUCAUUAGAUGAAGAAGUUGAUAUUAUUACUGUUAUUCUAUUUAAUAAACUUAUCAUUUUCAUAUUAUUUACUGGUAAUCUAAGGAUUGAUCAUUCAACCUUUGAACUGAUAAUUUACAUGUUUUUUUACUGAUCAUUUCAUCUAUUCUACUGAUCAAAAAUUUAGUUGCCUUUGUUUUCUCAAUACAUCGAUAGAGCAAAGUGUGGUGAUCACGACUAUGAUGUCUUUUUUUCGUAUUGUUGGAAAAAUAACAGAGGUCCAUGCCAUUUAUAUAUUACUGAAAAAUCGGUUUUUCCUGGAAACCAAACACAGGAUUCGCCUAAAAUCUUCACCAAAUACAUCCAUUUGACGCAGAAUUGUUUUCUCUGCUAGAAUAUAUAAGAUAAUGUCUGGUACAAAAACAGUUUAAAAAGAUUUUGACUGGGA